AUGUCUAAGUCACAUUUUACUAUCAUUCUCCCCGUCCUUUGUCUUGUUCAUUCCGUGUCUUCAUUCACCCCUUGUCCGCUGUUAGGACCGGCGUUCCCAGCAUUCACGCUCGACAAGAACUCGACAAUACUGAGAUCUGCCCUGGCAAACCUCACCGGGCAAUUUGACGAACUAUAUAUCCAGGGCUCCGGUUCCCACGGAGAAGUGUCUCCCAAUACCACAUCGUUCAGUCUCUCGCUUUUCUCGACCAACGAGGGAACUGCGAGUGCCAGCCCAUUCUUCUUCGAUUAUCAUUACACGGCGCCUUCACUGCAGAACUCAUCUAGCCAGACUCAACAUGCGAGUCGAAAGAGUGUUUACCGCAUCGGUGGACUUACCCAACUUUUCACCAUCUGGACUGCCCUUGUUGAGGCCGGGGAUACCAUCUGGAAUGAUCCUGUGACGAAAUAUCUUCCCAAGCUAGCCGCAAGUACGAAUAGUGCGAAUGUAGCGCAAGAUCCUAUUCGAUAUGUGGACUGGGAAGAUAUUACCGUGGGACAGCUAGCCAGUCAUAUGGCAGGUCUUCCUAGGAACUACUGUGUGGAUAGCAUAGAAAAACAGGGUUACAGCAUCAAUGACGGCUUGCCACCGUCCGCUGGCACUGGUGGUACUUGCACAUCCAGUAAUUCAUCUCAAGCCGAAACCCUCGUCGCUUUAGCUCAUCAACCACCAGUUGCUCCUCCCGGAGUAACCCCCAUAUACUCCAACGUUGGAUUCCAGAUUCUAGGUUACAUCAUAGAACGAAUCACGGGCCAACCAUUCGAAGAAGUUCUCAAAAGUCGCAUACUGCACCCACUCUCCCUCCGUAACACGAGUCUACGUGCCCCCUCGAGCAACUCAUCCGGCAUCAUCCCAACAAACCCCGAAGCCAGCGGGUGGUCCACGCAAUAUGGAGCAGCACCGGCACUCUCGAUGUACUCAACAACCACCGACCUCUCCAACGCCGGAAAAGCGAUCCUCAACUCAACCCUCCUAACCCAAGCUCAAACCAACCGCUGGUUGAAACCAGUUACCCACACAUCCAACCCAGCCAACUCCCUCGGCUACCCCUGGAUUAUUUACAGCAGCGGAAACUACCCCAAUACCUCGAUGGUUGACAUUUAUACUUAUUACAGCAGCAUCGGCCAGUACAGCUCCUACAUAGGUCUCGUGCCAGACUACAACGUCGGCUUCACCGUUCUCGCAGCCGACAGUGUCUCCGCGCCAGACCUGAAUGCGCACGCUGAUAUCAUCGGCGACGUUAUCUUGCCUGCAUUAAUGAAGACGGCUGUUAAACAGGCCGGUGCUCGGUUUGGUGGCGAGUAUACAGCUUCUUCUGGCCUUAAUUCGUCGAUCACUGUCUCCGUUGACGAGCUACCUGGUAUGUUUAUUGAGAGCUUCGUCAGUAAUGGGACAGACUUCAGGGAGAUCCUGGCUUCAUUGAUUGGGAUUGAGGAUCCGGAGGCGUUGAGUAUCAGGUUGUACCCCACCGGUCUAGUCUCGGAGACGAAAUCGGGUGGUUCCAGGGUGGCGUUCCGGGCUGUUCUACAGGACAAGAAUGAGCUUGCUGAUGCUGGGACGCCGACGUGUGUCUCGUGGAUGGAUGUGGAUAAGCUAACAUACCAGGGCCGUGCGCUAGAUUCAUUUGUUUUUGAGAUAGAUGGUGGUGGAAAGGCUGUUGGAGUGGAGAUCCCUGGUUUGGUGUUGUACUUAAACAAGGCAAAUUAG